GGGCUUAUAAGGGGCACGCGGUUCUGUGUAUCGUUACGUUCGUUGCAUGUUCGAAGCUCAUAUGUUUUAUGUUUUAUGUUAAGCCGACAGUGUGUUUACUGAUAUACUGAUGUUUACAGUGAGAACAAGUUGCUUUCUAGUUAUGUAGCUCCGCAGUGUUUUGCGUAACCGGUGUAACUGACCGUUUCCCGAAGUUAAUCCGCGUUAAACAAGAGUUCAUCGUCUCGGGAAGGAAUAAAGGAUCAAAACAAAAAAGCAAAACUCCAGUGUCGUUAGAUUUCCUUGUCACCUGAGAACUUCGUAAAAAUAUCCACGUAAUCGGUAUUGGCAAGUGUCACGCACAGUCGCAGACCGAGCCGUUUAUUUUAUUUCAUUAUUUUUCCUCUUCGUUGUUAAGACUCUGUCAUUCGACGACGGUGCAAAACAAGUGCGCGAGUGGUGUCUUGUGUCGUGUCAUUCCGUGCGCCCUGAUACAUCGAGCGAAUAUCUAAGUUGUUGCGAUGGGUGAUUGGUUUGCGUCGUAAAGAGAAUAAAGUGUGCUGUUAAAGAAGAGUAAAGAUCUUGAAAACAGAACGAAUUUUGUCAAACGAUAAUUUGAAAAGUUUUUUGCACGUAGAAAGUAUCAAAUAAACGAUAAAAAUGAUAAAGAAGUUGGCGAAUUUGUGGUACGCGAGAAGCGAGUGUAUGUCAAUAACGAACGUUAGCAGAACUAAGUGCGCUAUUGUUAACGAUGAAUUGUGAUCUUAGUUUAGUGUUUCUUUCAUUUCUUUACUCCUGCAACAGCCUCUUUUAUAUAUUUUAUCCGUUUCGGUAUUCAACAAAGUGACAGCCAAAAUAAAUGGAGCAGAUUCGGCCCGUGAAUUUUUCGUCAAUCCUCAUCUCACACUAGAAUCCGUAUUUCCAGCGCGUUCAAAUUAUUGAAUCGCGUACGAAAGAGGAAAAAAAAAGUUCGUGAAUAUCGGAAGGAAAGCAGAGAUUUUUUUCCAAUCGUGUAUUCGUCGUUUUUGUUUUUCGUUGUCUUUUUAUAAUCUCGCAGCUAGUGGAAUGGCAGCAGCCUUAAAGAAAAAUCAUUCACGUAGACGUCUCGCAGCGCUUACAUUUCUCUCAAAUAUUUCGCUCGACGGUAGCCACCGUGACACUAAUUUGGCACUAUUGCCCCGCAACGGAGCUAUUCACAAGCGAACACAGAGCGAAAGCAAUCCUGUCUUUAAAGAGGGAGAAUCCGUCGAUUUUGAUACUUCCACCGACGAGGCUGUUGAUGGCUUGCCUGAAGAAAAUCCAAACGUCGCUUGUACCAGAACUCAUUUUGUACAGAAUAUUCAACGAGCCGGCGAGCAUCAUUCCGUCAGCUCAGAUUCUGAUGGCAUCGCGACACCAGCUAAACUCUCCACUUUUCAUGAUUCAGACAGAAAUCAAAAUCCUUUUCCAUCCGCAUUACACGGAAGCUUCAGGGAACGUACCGGAACAACCGGCAGCGAAUAUUCUCUGCCGGAGAGGAGAGUUGGAUCGUUGUACUACAAGAAGCGGAUCGUUCAUCAAACUUCAACUCUCUCGGAAGACAUAAAACAUCAUUACAACAGUAGCACCGAGAGUAUCGGAUCCUUGCGAUCAAAAUCGAUAUCACAAACUUCGAAGCCGAAAAUAAAAGGCUUGAACAACGUUCAGACCGGUGUUCCGAACGCGGUGAUAAUACCGGAAGUAACCCGCGAAUUGCGUAUGAUGCAACGUCCGAUAAACGGACACAAAUUCGGCAACGAUAGGCUCGUACUCGUUUCAGCAAAGAGAGUUCCCUUUCUCGUUUUUUCGGCACUACCUUACAGCAAAGGACAACGUACAAGUUGCGGCCAAAGUACUUCGGGUAGUACACCUGUCUUCAGACACUAUGCGGUAUCUAAUCCAAUAUUACGAAGGUCCGAGCUACGAAGAGAUACCGGACGAAGGAGAAACACUUCGGGUCCUCGACCCCUCUCAGCAAUAAAUGACAAUUUGGAUCCUUUCGGUUUGCUGGGGGUCGAAAGAGCUAAAGAUGGACAAGAAAUCUCUUACGGUCAGCUCCUCGUGCCGUCGAGACAGUUUCAAAAAGACCGAAAACUCCCAAUCGGCGACACAGAGGCCAUAGAUUUUAUGCACGUGGUUCCAAACAAGCAUCAUGUGGUAUCAAGGACGAAAACUAUAACGUGGAAUACGGAUCAUACCAAGUGGUGCUUAUCCUAUGAUAACGCGGUGCUCAGACCUCAGCACGCGGCUCCUGAAUCACCACCUAUGUCCCUCGUCACCGAGGGCAAAACUUUCGAUUGGGACGAUCAAUGUCUACAAUACAAUCCGAACUUAUUGGACGACCCGGAACUUAUUGCGGGCAAACAUCGUACCUUGCUAACAUUCACGUCUUAUAUGGCUUCGGUUAUCGACUACGUUCGACCGUCAGAUUUGAAGAAGGAAUUGAACGAUAAAUUCAAAGAAAAAUUUCCGCACAUCCAAUUGACUUUGAGUAAACUCCGAAGCUUGAAACGAGAAAUGCGAAAAAUUGCGAAAAUGGAAUACGGCAUUGAUCUCCUCACUGUCGCAAUGGCGUACGUUUAUUUCGAGAAGCUCAUAUUGCGUAACAUCGUCACCAAGCAGACGAGAAAAUUAUGUGCCGGUGCUUGCCUCCUGCUCGCAGCUAAACUCAACGAUGUUAAGGGCGACAUACUCAAAUCGUUGAUAGAGAGAACCGAAAGUGUCUUUCGACUCAACCACAAAGAUCUCAUAACCUCAGAAUUCGCAGUGCUCGUUGCUCUGGAGUUUGGACUUCAUGUACCAACAUGGGAGAUAUUUCCUCACUAUCAGCGUCUCAUAUACGAGUCUUGACGUUGCGUCGUGCCGAUGCUUUCGCGCAGAAGUAGAACGCUCUCAUCAUGAAAAAAUUCAAUGAAAAAAAAGGAAUAAAAAACCCAAUAAAUCCGAAAUGAAUGAGACAAGAAUUUUGCUCAAACACAUGGAAAAAUCGAGUUCGUGUUUGCAAAGAUCAUAGCAAUAAAACUGCUGCGUUUCUUGAGCAGUUCAACAGAUACAAUCCAAACAAACAAAAAAACAAGAAAAACGAAAAAAAAAACAGGAAAAUAAUAAAAAGAUUAGCAGUUCUGCGUAGCGAGAGUCUCGGGUGCGAUAAUUUUAAUAGCUGGAUUUGUAAGUAAGUGAAAAAUAGGAGGAAAAUCUGUACGAAAGAUAACAGACGAAAUAUUAAUAAUACGAAGUUUUGUACGUUUAAGAACGGUGAUGCGCUGCUCAAUAUGUCGAGUACUGAGAACUGAUAAUUGGUUUGCACGCGUUUUAAAGAGUAAAACGAUGUCAAUGGGGUUAAUAGAAUAAUGGUGUCGAUUGUUUGAUAUACGAAAAGUACUUACUCAAAUUUUGUUGGCAUAUUAUUUUUCUUGUGUUGAAAAUGACGCUGAUUUCGACGCUGAUUUAUCGUUAUGAAUUUCAAAAUUAUUUAAGCAGCGAAAUGCUGAUAACUUCUCAUGUUUAAACGUUUUUUUUACCACUUAUGUUCUUUAUUUUCGAAAGGUAAUGAAAAACAGUAUAAGCGACUUCUCCGCUCUGACGUGGGAUAAAUUUUGAUGAUACCUUCGAGACGGUGGCGCAGAAAGGAAUAAAAUGUAUUAACAAUUUUCGACUGCUGUCCUGACGGAAAUCCCGAGGGCAAAUCAUCAAAAAAAUAUUUGUAAUUGAUGUUUGUAAAAUUGAAAAGGAGUCGCAAAAACUUUAUUUGUAUAGUGCGAAAGUACGAAACUACUCUUAUCGUUGUCAGUCAAUUGUCGUAGCGAUUUUACCGUGAAUAAGAUAAAUACGCGGUGUGCGUUUUUCGUUUUUUAUAUCAUUUGAACACAGGAAUUUUCAUGGUCUACAAGACUCUAAAUUCGCGUACUUUUUAAAAUGCAUUUUUAUCGCAGAGCAAUAUACGUAUUUUUCUCACAAAGAAUACAAAGAGAAUCGAACAAACAGUUGAGAAAGAGCUUUAGCCUGAGAAAAACGUCACGAAGUGAAAUUUGUUACGAGUUUUUCGAAGCAUUCCUACGUAAAUGUCACUGUCAAUCAUCAAUGUCCAUCAUUCUCGUCUUUCGAAAUUACAAUUAAACGCCCUUUCGAUUUAUUAUUCGCUCAAUUACGUUUGUUCACGUCGUUUCUGCUUCUACACGUGAAUUGCUCAAAUUCGUCGUAUCGUCGAUAGUUUUUAGUUCGGCGAAUUUCUGUAAUAGCUAAAGAACGAUAGCAGUUAAAGAAAAGGGAAUAUUCGCUGAACCAAAGUAAAGCUGUGUAUAAAACAGCAUCGCCUUCGCCACAUAUCCUCGCUAAAAACUCUUCGACCGUCAUAAUAAAAUCUGACGUCACUUUCUCGGGACAGACAAUUUUAUGGGCUUUUGCAUCAGCACACAAAAAGACGAAACUCACACAAUCAUGAAAAUAAUCAAAGGGGCCCAAUUGUUCCAUUCGCCCAUGACUUUUCCCGUAAAGGGGGUCAAAUCGGCUGAAAUAUACAUUUUUUUAGAAGCGUUUGAAACAUUCGAAUCAAGGGUAAGAGAGGCGUGACGAUUUUUUAAUCAACUAAUGUCAUUUGUAAUUCACUCAGGAUUAGAAGAAUUCGAAAUAAGAAAAUCGAAUGAAAAAAAUUCCUCUUCUCGUUUUGUCAUUGUGUUUCGUUCGUUAUUCUUCGUUUUUACGUCUGUAUCGAUUAGUUUUCAACGUGGUUUAAUGCUUUUGUUACAUAAAUUGUUAGUUUCUUGAUUUCGUGUAUAAAAAUGUACAAAGAAACGAUUCGUUGGGCUUUAUUAUGGCGUUAGUUUCUCAUUACAGCCAUCCGUGUACAUAUGUAAACCUUUUUUGUUGUCUAAGUACGUAUCGUGCCCAGAAUAACUGAAAUUCUAGUGCCCGAACUUCCCUUUCGUCGUUUUAUUAACAGCUAACGAACACUUGAAAAUGAACUUUGAUCAGGACGACUUUUUUCAUGUCCUGCGAAUAGAUAAUCGAUCUACUAAGUUCACUGCUCGAUUUUUCAGUUUCAUUCAAACUUCUUCAGUUUGCUGAAUAAGAGAGGGAGAGAGAUUGAAUUUCAAAUAUUUAUGUACGGAGUUGAGUGAGUACAAAAAUAGCAAUCACAAAUCGUCGUUGGUGUUGCAAGUGUGUCUCUGUUUAUCUGAAAAACGAUUUUUGUACAGAAAAAUCAAGCAAAUAUUCCUCUCGAAACCCUUUUUUGGAUUCGACUAAAUUUGAAAGAAAAAAAAAAAAACAUUUCUUAAAAUGACUAAUCUCCACAAAAUUUUCAUUCACGAACAAGUUGGAUUUACUCCCGUCUUUGGAUUUUAGAAAAAAAAUGAUGAAUCAUCGUUCUUCUGGCAUUGAACACGUUGCAACAUCAACAACAACAAUAUUAUGAGUCUCGAUAAACGCAUUUAAUGGGGAAUAAACGCGAUGUAUUGAUGUAUUCUAGUCCGUUAACUACAUUUUGUUUUUUCAUUUAAUCGGCCAGAUCAUUGAUCGAAUAAUCAAUGGUGAUUGCUCUUCGAUUAAAUCUUUAUAGCGUCUAUAUAUUCUAUGGAAUUUAUACGUUACGAUUAUACAUAUUAUAUAUUCUAGUAUUUAAUCCUUAGAGUGGCGGCGUAGUGAUUGUAACAUGUAAAACAAUAAAUAAUGUAGGAUAUUUGGAUAAAGUAAAGAAAAGUGGGCGACCUACGUCAAUAUCUGGCAUCACUGUGAUUGGCGAUUAACAAUAAAUAACAUUUUCAUCGCAA